GUUAAACACUACAGUUAAUGAAAUAAUAAUAAUAUUAACAAACUUAGAGUAUUCGUGGCUACUCACCUGCCACAGUGCCACCCAAUAUUCAGCAUAAUCAGAAUAGUAAGGAUAUUCAUUUAAUACUUAGAUUUACCUAUUUCAAAUUAGUUUAAUGAGGAAAUUUAACAUAGAAUAAAACUCAAGUAUCAAGAAUUAGGAUUGAAACAACCCUUGUAUCCACAGUAAACUCAAAUUUUGUCAUCUGAAAAUGGAAUCUACAAUUUCAGAAAAGUGUUCGAUCCUGUUCGAGAUGGUCGACCUGAAUUCGCAAUGGAUACAAGUAAGCAACAUCAACAUUAUUGUUAGAGUAUAUGGAUCAACUCAAAGAUUACAAAAGCAAGUAUUUAGCACCCAGUAGAAACUACGAUUUGCAGUACAGGAAUCCAUCUUUGAAUAUAAAGAACCACGACUUUUAUUUUUAAGAUUUCUACAUGAAUCUAUACGAAUAAGAUAAAGAGGAGAUCUUUUUUAAUAAAUAUGGCAAGAAGUUUGUUUAUCAAGAAUGA